GUAAAGUAAACGUCAAAUAUUUUAUGUGAGGUUAUGUAUAAUAAAAUAUAAAUAAGCUUUUUUGAAUAAUUUUUAAUGUUAAACUGAAUGGAUUAUAAAAUGGAUAAUAAUAAGUUAAAAGCGAUCAAUCAACUUAAAUAUGACCUGAACAGUACUAAUUCAGAUUCUGAUUAUGAUGAUGAUUCCCAUGAAAAUUCAUCUUCAGCGAUGGAGGAAACAAAAUAUUCAACGAAAACUAAUUUUGAAAGUUUUUAUGACGAUCCGAAUAUAAUUAAGGAAGAAUAUAUGGUGACGGAUAUAAUACUUCCGGAAAUAGGGCAAAGUAGUAAUUUAAUAAUGAAGGAACGAAAAAAGGAAAAAACUAAGAAAGAAAUUGAAGAAGAGGAGAGGGAAAAAAUGCAAGUUUUAGUUUCAAAUUUUACUGAAGAACAAUUAGAUCGAUAUGAAAUGUAUCGACGAGCAGCUUUUCCAAAAGCUGCAAUAAAACGAUUAAUGCAAACAAUUACAGGGUGUUCGGUAUCACAAAAUGUGGUCAUUGCAAUGGCGGGAAUUGCUAAAGUAUUUGUGGGAGAAAUUGUUGAAGAAUCUUUGGAUGUGAUGGAGGAGAUGCAUGAAACCGGUCCAUUACAACCCAAACAUUUAAGAGAAGCAGUACGACGAAUCCGAAUUCAAGGAGGUAUUCCAAACAGUAGACCUACUUUUAAACCCCAUAUACGCUUAUAAUAAUGUUAUCAAGAAAUGUUUAUAUGUAACAAAAAUAAAAUUGCCUUUUUUUAUCUCUA